GGUCCAUAAAUACCCUGUCUUCCCUCCCGUUUCCAUUUCAUCUCAUUCCAUUUCUGGCAGACCCGAGGAGCAAAGUGGAAGGAAGAAUCUCGAAGAGUCCUUCGAUAAUGGCCACCAAAGUUUACAUUGUAUACUACUCUAUGUAUGGUCAUGUUGAGAAACUUGCUGAAGCAAUCAAGAAGGGUGCUUCAUCUGUGGAAGGUGUAGAAGCCAAGGUGUGGCAGGUUCCAGAGACACUUUCUGAUGAUGUUCUUGCGAAGAUGAGUGCGCCACCGAAAGGUGAUGCACCAAUCAUAAGCCCCAGUGAGCUUGCAGAGGCCGAUGGUCUCAUAUUUGGCUUUCCAACAAGGUUUGGGAUGAUGGCAGCUCAAUUUAAGGCUUUCCUUGAUGCAACCGGUGGAUUGUGGAGAACCCAGCAACUUGCUGGCAAGCCUGCAGGCAUUUUCUACAGCACAGGAUCACAGGGUGGUGGGCAAGAGACCACAGCCUUGACAGCCAUCACUCAGCUGGUUCAUCAUGGAAUGAUAUAUGUACCUAUGGGGUACACGUUUGGAGCUGGAAUGUUUGAGAUGGAGCAUGUCAAAGGCGGGAGUCCGUAUGGUGCAGGCACCUACGCUGGUGAUGGUUCCAGACAGCCAACUGAGCUCGAACUGGAACAGGCUUUCCACCAGGGCAAGUAUAUUGCUGGCAUUGCAAAUAAACUCAAGGGGUCUGCUUGAAGUUGGCUAUGUUUUUUGAAUCACAUCAUUGUAUGAGCGUCAUUCUCUGAACAUUUCUGGUUAUUUUUUGAAGUAUAAUUUGAUUCCUGUCGUCUGUGAGAUGUAUUAUUUUUUGUGGUAAAUGUAUUUUGGUUUGUUGUUCUCUA